AUGACCCGCGUGAAAAACCGUUGGAUAGUCGUCCGCGUCUUGCUAAAGGAUGAAUUGGUUCGCACCGUCGAUCAAUUGGAACGUAUACUCAAACCAGACGUACUAAUUGCUAAAAUCACUCAAACCUCAAAGUUACUGUACGGAAAUAUAAAGGGGAACUUUAUAUCAAGCUCGAUUUCCAUAUCGUACAUCAAUACCAACGAAUCUCUGGUGCUAUUCCACUCCAGGCGCCAUUUCCUGGACGAAUUUUUGUGCAUAUUAAGUUUCAUCGACAAGAUACAAAAGGUAGGAGUAUCUCUAGAGGUCAUACACGUCAGUGGGACACUGCAUCAGACCCGGAAGUUUAUCUUUAAUAGGAUACUCGACACGCUUUCUCAACUCUCCGCCCUGAGACUAUCAAACAGGGCUCAGGAGACUCCAUCAUAA